AUGAUCAAGAAUUCUAUUUUUUAUUUUCUAUUUUUUAUUUUUCUUAUUUUUUUUGCUCAUGUGAAACACUGUGAUAACAAUGACAAGACGUAUGUAUGGCUACAGUAACGAAUCGAUGAUUUAAAUUUAUGAAUACAAGAGCGGACUUGCCGCGCUAAUCUCACUUCCAUUGCCAAUGACUACAAAAUAACCAAACAAUUUAAAUUCUCAACAUGGUUGGCAAACCAGGUGACUGGUUUUCAACAUAUUACAAGUAGUAGGCCUAAUGAAAACAUUAUCAAAGCGUUUCGAUCCGAAGCGCAGGCGUUUCUUGCAAUCAGCCACACAUUAUUCAAUCAGACCCGUACCAUCGAACGUGACUUAGCCUGUAGGACAUAUGCACAAGAUCUAUUCACUGCUGCUAGACAAGAAAUCCUAGAUCUUCGUCUGUACAAGACACACAAACAUGUUUUAAAUGACCUCAUAGACAUCUUAGAUCUACAUAGGUGGUAUGAAUCAGAAAAAAUUUAAAAUGUAAGGUAUUCUGAAUUACUAUCCACCAUAAUGAUGUUUACAGGAAAUGAAUGUAAUGGAUGUAUUGGGUUUUUCGUCAGUUUUCCUUUGAUACACCCAGAUCAGGUUUUUCCAAAUUCCACUACUAUACGCUCUAUGGGCGUGGUAGUGAAGGAUCAGGUAAUUAAAUGGGAUCACCUCACUGGAUACUUGACACAAAAGGGUACUGAGACCUUGUUAGGAAGUCGCACAUGUUGCCAUGAAAGGCACAAUUAUGUUAUCUGUACAUGUAACACUUUGCAACCUUUCUCCCCAUAUGACACCAAACUUAUAAAUGUUCAGUCACUGCAUGGUUACUAUGAUGUUAUCCAGGUGUCACAUUCACAGUGGUGCGUGGUCAGUGAGAUGAACUCUUUUACCUACGGAGGACUGGCCUGCUCUGCUAAUCACUCGUUUUGCUUGGAAGUGACCGAGGACUUUUCGAUGGGUCAAGUCAACAUUUUAGGAAGAGUGCCACUGGACACAGACUCACCAUGGUGGGAUGACACUUUCUAUGAACAAGGUACCCAAGCUGUGGUUGACACGAUGGAGCUAACACAAAGACUGAUCCUGCAAACUGAAUACCACCUCAACCAAGCGCAGGUUGAGAUCAACCUGGCACGAAAGACUGCACAACUGUUAUCCAGUUCAUCCACUCGGUCGGCACAGUACACAUACACCUGGUGGGACUGGGUGUUCCGGGGGUGUGCCAUUGGCAGUGCCCUGAUCUUCACCUUCACGAUGUUCCAGUGCUGCUACUUCAGGCACCUCAUCAGAUCUACACAGUAAUCCACACACACUGCCCUUGCCCUCAGCCCACUGCAGAUACCUGUGUUCCAAAGACUGUAA